AAUUCACAACGUGUGCUACGCAUAAAACGUUACAUGCAGAAAUUACACCCUCAGUCUCGCUGCAAGUGACGGAAAACUGAACUCGCUCUACGAGGAGAAAGACGGGAAUCCCGAUCAAGUGUUUAGACCUGAAGGACCUCCGGUAGAUGUUGGCCCGAAUGCUCCGCCCCAUGGGCGAAUGCCCUCAGGUGAUUGGCUACAAGCGCCGAUUUAGGUGGCGCCAAGCAAAUAGCCCCUUUCGACGUACGUGCCUCCUUCAAAUGGCGACUAAAUAACGAUCACGUGACACCAGAACUUCAGGAAGUUGUCUAAUACGGUUGCUAUUCAUUGUGUUGUGUAUCUCGAACUACUACAGCUGUUUAUACCUGCAAAUAUAUGACCGAAUUAGGUAUCGCAGCCCCCCCUUGAUUAUGCGUCCACAAUGAAGCGGCGCCUGGAGGAACAGGAACCGGUUUUUGCGUCUCAGCAGCGUCGGCUCUCCGGCGGCACCGACGGUUUCCAGCACCGUGUCCUGGCCCCUGCACCAGCUGUCUACGAGCCCGUGCCGGACAGCAUGCAGCCCAGUGCCAGCAUCCAGUACUCUGUGCCGCCACCGUACCAGGUUCCCGCUGUGGCCCAGAGCUCCAGCAGCCACGGGCACCCCCCCGGGCCUGCGGCACAUGGUGGGACACACCACCACAGUCCUGCCAGCAGCACACAUGGGGCUCAGGGAGCGCAGAACCAUCCGCACCCCCCAGCUCCCUCUGCCCCCAUGCAGGGCCAGCAGCAGUUCCAGAGGCUAAAGGUAGAAGAUGCUUUGUCCUACCUGGACCAGGUAAAGCUGCAGUUUGGAAGUCAACCUCAAGUAUACAAUGACUUCCUUGACAUCAUGAAGGAGUUCAAGUCUCAAAGCAUUGAUACCCCAGGGGUGAUCAGUAGGGUGUCUCAGCUCUUCAAGGGUCACCCUGACCUCAUUAUGGGAUUCAACACAUUUCUGCCUCCUGGAUACAAAAUAGAAGUACAAACCAACGACUUGGUGAAUGUCACGACCCCGGGGCAGAUCCACCACAUAACCCCUCACGGCAUCUCCGUUCAGAACCUUCCCAUUGUGACCCCCCCUCAGCAUCAGUCUCACCUAGCUGCCGCAGCUAGUACUGCGGCCCCCCCUCCAGCUGCCCAGCCCACACCAGCCAAAAUGACUAAGCCACUGCAGUCUCCAGCGCUGACGCCCAGCAGCCAACCCAACCCCUCCAUCCCGCCCUACGCCUCUCCCCGCUCGCCCCCCAUGCAGCCCCACACUCCGGCCAGCAGCACUCCAACUGGUGCUCCGGUCCUGCAGAACAACCAGCCGGUGGAGUUCAACCACGCCAUAAAUUACGUCAAUAAGAUCAAGAACCGCUUCCAAGGCCAACCUGAAAUCUACAAAUCCUUCCUGGAGAUCCUCCACACGUAUCAGAAGGAGCAGCGCAACGCCAAGGAGGCUGCAGGGAACUACACGCCGGCCCUUACGGAGCAGGAAGUGUAUUCCCAGGUUGCGCGCCUCUUCAAGAACCAGGAGGACCUGCUCUCAGAGUUCGGCCAGUUCCUGCCAGAUGCAAACAACUCUGGGGUGUUACCUAAGACGACAGCGGAGAAGGUGGAGUCUGUACGCAACGACCACGGGGGCACCGUCAAAAAGCCACAACUCAACAAUAAGCAGAGGCCCAGUCAGAACGGCUGCCAGAUGCGAAGGCACUCUGCCGGUGUCACCACGCCCCCUGUCAAGAAGAAGCCCAAGUUGCUGGGUUUGAAAGACCAGCCACUUGCAGAAGUCGGUAAACAUGGAAUCGGCACUGAGUCGGUCUUUUUUGAGAAGGUGCGGAAGGCCCUGCGCAGCUCCGAGGCCUACGAGAACUUCCUACGCUGCCUGGACAUCUUCAACCAGGAGGUGAUAUCGCGUGCGGAGCUGGUGCAGCUCGUGCUCCCCUUUCUGGGAAAAUUCCCAGAGUUGUUCAACUGGUUCAAGAACUUCUUGGGAUACAGGGAGUCUUCCCACAUGGAGAGCUUCCCUAAGGAGCGAGCCACUGAGGGCAUCGCCAUGGAGAUCGACUACGCCUCCUGUAAGAGGCUUGGCUCCAGCUACAGGGCACUGCCUAAGAGUUACCAGCAACCGAGGUGCACGGGGAGAACGCCACUCUGUAAGGAGGUGCUGAAUGACACCUGGGUGUCGUUCCCCUCCUGGUCUGAGGACUCCACCUUUGUCAGUUCCAAAAAGACCCAGUAUGAAGAGCAUAUUUACAGAUGCGAAGAUGAACGCUUUGAGCUGGACGUGGUACUGGAGACUAACCUGGCCACAAUCCGUGUGCUGGAGGCCAUGCAGAAGAAGCUGUCCCGCAUGUCAGCCGAGGAACAGGCUAAGUUUCGCCUGGACAACACCAUGGGCGGCUCCUCCGAGGUCAUCCACCGCAAAGCUAUACAGAGGAUAUACGGGGACAAGGCUCCCGAUAUCAUCGAUGGUCUGAAAAAGAACCCCGCGGUUUCUGUGCCGAUUGUGCUAAAGAGGCUAAAGAUUAAGGAAGAAGAGUGGAGAGAAGCACAGAGGGGAUUCAACAAGAUCUGGAGGGAGCAGAAUGAGAAAUACUACCUGAAGUCCCUGGACCACCAGGGCAUCAACUUCAAGCAGAAUGACACCAAGGUCCUGCGAUCGAAAACGCUGCUGAAUGAGAUAGAGAGCAUCUAUGACGAGCGCCAAGAGCAGGGGUCAGAGGAGACUGCUGGGCCACAUCUGAGCCUGACCUACGAGGACAGUCAGAUCCUAGAGGAUGCUGCCGCACUCAUCAUCCAUCACGUCAAGAGGCAGACCGGCAUUCAGAAAGAGGACAAGUACAAGAUCAAGCAGGUGGUCCAUCAUUUCAUCCCCGACAUGCUGUUUGCCCAGCGUGGGGAGCUGUCCGAUGUGGAGGAGGAGGAGGAGGAGGAGGAGGAGGCAGAGCUGGAGGAGGGUGGGGCUAAGAAGCACAACGGCGUGGGCGGGGGCUCAGCGGGGAGCCCCACCAAGUCGAAGCUCCUUUUUGGCAGCACGGGAGCCCAGAAGCUGCGCUCCACGGACGACGCGUACAACCUGUUCUAUGUCAACAACAAUUGGUACAUCUUCUUGCGGCUGCACCAGACUCUGUGUGCACGGCUUCUGCGCAUCUACACGCAGGCAGAGCGCCAAAUCGAGGACGAGUGCCGCGAGAGAGCGUGGGAACGCGAGGUGCUGGGCCUCAAGCGGGACAAGAGCGACACGCCGGCUGUCCAGCUGCGACUGAAGGAGCCCAUGGACAUUGAGGUGGAAGACUACUAUUCAGCUUUCCUGGAGAUGGUCCGCAACCUUCUCGAUGGGAAUAUGGAUGCCUCUCAGUACGAGGACUCGCUGCGGGAAAUGUUCACUAUCCAUGCCUACAUGGCUUUCACCAUGGACAAGCUGAUCCAGAGCAUCGUCAGGCAGCUGCAGCAUAUUGUGAGCGACGAGAUUUGCGUGCAGGUGACGGAUCUUUACCUGUCUGAGAGCCAGAACGCAGCCACCGGCGGCUCCCUGUCCACUCAGGCUUCCCGGGCAGCCCAGGAGGCAGCUUACCAGCGCAGGGCUGAGCAGCUGAUGUCUGACGAGAACUGCUUCAAGGUGAUGUUCCUGAAGAACAAAGGACACCUACAGCUGACGGUGGACCUGCUCGACACAGAGGAGGACAAUUCUGAUGAGCCGAUGGAAGCUGAGCGCUGGUCCGAUUACGUAGGGAGGUACCUGAACUCUGACUCCACCUCACCGGAGCUCCGUGAACACCUCGCACAGAAACCCGUCUUCCUCCCCAGGAACCUGCGUCGCAUACGCAAGUACCAGCGAGGGCAAGAACAGCAGGAGAAGGAGGCUAAAGAGGGUGGGAAGAAGUCCCCCGAGGGUGCCGAAAACCUCAAGAUGGAGUGCAUGUUUAAGCUGAACUCCUACAAGAUGGUGUACGUCUUCAAGUCAGAGGACUACAUGUACAGGCGUACCGCCCUUCUGCGGGCUCACCAGUCACACCAGAGGGUCAGCACCCAACUUCACCGACGCUUCCAAGCCUGGGUGGACGAGUGGGUAAAGGAGCACGUGACCCCAGAUAUGGCUGCCGGCUGCAGCAGGUGGCUGAUGGGAGAGGGCCGCGAGGGACUGCUGCCCUGCACCACCACCCGAGAGCCAGAAAUCGUCCACUUCAUGAGCAUCAACAAAUACCGCGUUAAAUACCUGGGCCCUUGCAAAGCUCAGUAGCCUGCAGGUGUUCUGGGAAGCCGAGGGGUGGGUCUCUGUUAGGGCCUGCGGACAGGCUGGCACGACCAGGCUGGCAUGACCAGGGCCGGGCCGUCCUUUGUACACCAACACCGCAGCAAAAAACAAAAAGAUCUGGUUGCCACAGCUGGCGUGUCACGUUUUUCACAGUUUUAACUUUGAUGACCUUUUAGCUGUGCCUGCGUGUAGCAGGCCCCCAGUGCCAAAACAUGGGACUCCUCCAGCUGAACUGAACACCAACCAACUCUUUCUGCAGAUUCUCUUGGCAUAAGAUAUGGCUGCAUACCAGAUUCGAACCCAGGUCACAGGUCUAGGUAACUUCAGGUGCUCUGUGGUAGGUAGUGGAAAAAAUGCAGGAUGGGGUCCCCUGGCUGAGCUGUGAUGCAGGCAAAGGCCGUGAUGUCAUGGCGCUGGAGGUAUAAACGGCCGUUCGUUGACGGGCCUCAUGCGUGAAGUCAUCAGCAUCACUUUGCCAAAAGACAUGCGGUAAUUAUUACUUUUAAGAGUAACUUCUGGCUCAAUACAAUGAUUGGCUGAAAGAUGCACUUAACAUUCUGGCCUGCGUGUUACCAAAUUAAGAUUUUCCCCAUAGAAGUAUUCAAGUAGCUUAUUUGGAGAUUCAGACUCAAUAGAGAUACAACACAAGCAAUAUCCCUCUGCUAUUUGCCGGUUUCUGUGUCAAGGGAUGAUUUUUUUUUUUUUUAUUAUUUUUUAAAGUCUCAUGGUAUUACUGCUCUUUCAGAGGCAGCAUUAAUACAUCUGUUAUAAAUCAGACUUGGUCUAAGUAGAUGCUCUAUCCAUAGCAAUUAAUGUAAAAAUAUAGUCUCACUUUAGUAAUUACUGGCCACACACUGUAAAAUUGUAUAGCUUGUGAAUGUCAAUAUGACAGUUAUAUAUUCUGAUAUGUAUAAUCAAAACUAACUGACCUCCAUGAUGCAGUACUUUCUGAAUGUUCUGGCAGUGGCCUGAGAAUCAGCACAUCAGCUAGAACUCAAACAAUAGGGAUGGUCAGUAACUUAUAGAACCCACACAAUACUCACUCUUUGUAAAUGAACUGUACAUAGUGCAACCUUUUUUAUUAUUAUAGAGAUCUGCGUUGAUUUGUUAGCCUGCAUCACAAGCUUUCAGUGGACUUUAGUGAGAGGUGGCUAAAGUUAGUAUAUAUAAGAAGCUAAAUUGUAUGACAGUUUAUUACAGUUUUUACCAAAGGGAGUUUAUUAAAAAUUAUAGUAGUUUUUUCUGUGUUCCUUUUUUAUUUUUAUUUUUUAAUAGUGGAAAAAAAUUUUCAUUUGAAAGUAGAAAAUUUUCCAGGAUUUUUGAAAUGGAGGUUUUUAUAAAACAUCCUCACGAAGCUGAUGUUUUAAUUGUGUGUUAAUUUCAGACUGUAGUGACUCACUGCCCAUUGGGAUUAUCCUACACAGCAAAUGAGAAUCCAAACUGAAAAAAAGACUUAAUUUACACGUUAAUAAUUACUCUUGAUAAGAGCAAAAAGGUAUUGUAUGUUGAUGCCCAUGAUAGAUUUCUGCUCAGAAUAUGGAGAAUUUGUAAAACGUCAUAAGCAUGUCUUUUUCUGUGGAUCUGUAUAGCCCCUUUAUUUCGGUAGUAUUUAAGAUUUCUAAUAAAAAAGAUGAUUGUA